CGACAAAAUCGUCGCCAUGGCCGAAAAGAUGGAAGGCAUCCAGAUGGGCGUGGAUUCGUCCAAGUACCCGGUGCCCAUCGAAACGUAAGUUUGUCAGCAAUCUCGAGGAGCGCGUCAAGAUUGACACCAUGAAGGAGGCUCUCACCAAGGUCUUCCAGUACUACGGACCUAUACUCGACAUUAUCGCGAAGAGCAGCCUGAAGCGCAAGGGCCAGGCUUUUGUCGUGUUUGAUAGCGAGAAGUCUGCACUAGAGGCGAUCGAGGAAAUGAGCGGAUUCGAGCUGUACGGCAAAGCCUUGAAGGUGUCCAAGGCGAAAACACACAGCGACGAGACGGUUAAGCGCAAAGCAGCAGAGAUGUUCGAAGAGCACAAGCGUAAGCGGUUAAUGCAGAAAGACUUCAAGCGCGCAGAGGAGGACGCGAAAGCGCAAGCCAACCCUGCAGUCACCACCGAGAAGCCUCGCGCAGCAAAAUCCGGAGCCGCCGUCGUUCCAGACGAAUACGUACGGCCGAACAAGGUGUUGUUCCUGCAGAACAUUCCCCGCGACAUCGACGAGGAAGAUCUCACAAACGUGUUCGAUCGCUUCGAGGGCUUCAAGGAAGUACGCCUGGUCUCGGUCAGAGCUGUCGCCUUUGCCGAAUUCGAGAACGAGCAAUUCGCGAUCACGGCGAAGGAGGCGACUGCGAAUACACCAAUUGGCGCGGAAGGCAAACCAAUGAAGGUCACAUACCAACGGCAGUAGGUUAUUGCGAAUGGAUUUUGCGUGUGGAUUUGAUGAUAUUACGAUACCUCAUUCAGCUUCAGUCCGGACAAUGAGUUUUGACUACCUGCAUAUAACGUUCGUUGUGGCGCCAUACUUAUCUCACACACAGGGCACUUUCAGCAGCUACGAACCAUAUCCUACCCUUGCAUGAACCACAAG